GCCGCGCCCCAAAACCCGUCCGGCGGCGGCCGCACCAUGACCUACGUGGCCAAGCCGGCGUACGCGGGCUCGGCGGCGGCGGGCGAGGGGCUGUGCCAGAUCACCGUGCGCAUCGGCGAGGAGGCCAUCGUCAAGCGCCGCAUCUCCGGCACCGAGCUGCGCGGCGACGGCGCCGAGGAGCGCCGCGGCGGCGACAACGACAGCGACGCCGAGGACCGGCUCUGGCGGCCGUACUACUCCUACAAGCCCAAGAGGAAGGCGGGCGGCAACGCCGCCAACGCCGGGGCCGCGCCCGGCGCCGCCAAGAAGCCGCGGUGGCGGCGCAAGCUGCGCUCGCUGCGGCGGGGGGACGGCGGCGACAAUGACAAUGGCAAUGACAAUGGCGACGCCGCGCGGCGCCGGGAGCGGCAGCACCCGUGCCGGGUGUGCGGGAAGAGCUUCCCGGCGCUGCGGAAGCUGCGCAAGCACCAGCGGGGACACGAGGCCGGCGCGGCGGCC